CCAGUCUCCUCCAUCGCCUUUCACCCAAAUCCCUCCUCGCCCUCCACCAGCAGGCAGCUCCUGGUCUCCUCAUGGGACUCCACUGUUAGACUUUACCAACUUCCGGAGGCUAGCUCAGCCGAUGGUGAGACAAAAUCGAGUCGGAUACAGCAGAUUCACACCUUCCAACAUGAGGCUCCCGUGCUCGAUACCUGCUGGAUCAAUGAGAGGCUGGCGGCUAGCGGAGGUGUGGAUCGCAGAGUUAGAUUACUUGACCUGACAACAGGCGAGGCUACGAUCAUCGGCAAGCACAGCUCUGCCAUUUCCCGCAUCCGCUACGAACCCAGUACCAACCUCCUCAUCUCAGCCAGCUGGGACCGCACACUCCAACUCUGGGACCCCACCUCCUCACCUCCACGUCACCUCAAAACCCUCUCUCUGCCUGACAAGGUACUAGCAAUGGACGUCUCUCCCCCCUUUCCCUCUAGUGCUCUCCUCAAGGGUGGUGAGAAGAAGACGCUGGUGGUAGCUAUGACAGGGCGGCAGCUCAAGAUUUACGAUUUGGUGGAAUUGAGGAGUAAGGUGGAUCAGAUCAAGGACGGGGAGGAGGAUGCACAGGAGUGGGAGGCAGAGCAGACGAGGGAGAGUAGUCUGAAGUACAUGAUUCGCGAUCUACGGUGUAGCGCAGAUGGCAUCGGCUAUGCAACUUCGUCUGUGGAAGGCAGGAUCUCCGUGGAGUUCCUUGAUCCAUCGAGUGAGGCUCAGGCAAAGAAGUACGCCUUCAAGUGCCAUCGCGUUGUGGUAGACGGAGUCGAUACCGUCUACCCAGUCAAUGCAAUGGGCUACAAUCCCCUACACGGCACCUUCUUCUCCCUCGGGGGCGAUGCCUUCCUCUCCUACUGGGACCCCUAUCUAAAAAAGCGCAUUCGCCAACUACCACAAUACCCCUCUCCCCUCUCCACUGCAGCCUUUUCCGCCGAUGGUCAAAUCCUCGUCGUAGCCUCUGGCGCAGAGAAUCUCGAAGAGAAGCCUUCGCCAGAGGAGAUGACUAGGGCAAAGGGAAUUGUCGGGGAGAUGAAUGCGGAGGUUGGAGGGAUUGGGAAGGGGGGAGAGGGAAGGGUGAGACUUUGGGUCAGGGAGAAGGGAGGGGAGGAGUGCAAGCCGAGG